GUUACAUCGAUCCUCAUCAAUGUCCAAUCUCCCAAAAGAUUUGUCGGAUCUUCCAAGGGAUUUGGCGGAGGAUGUGCUCUCUAAGGUUCCGGUGACAUCUAUGAGAAGAGUCCGGUCUACUUGCAAAAAGUGGAACACAUUGUCCAGAAGUAGGAGCUUUAAAAAGAAACACCUCGGUGUUCAAGCCAAACUAGCAACAAAGAAAAGAGAGUUUAUGAUGGCCAUGGUGAUAGAUUUUAAGGUUUAUUUGAUGAGCGUAAAUCUUCACAACAAUAACGAGGAGGGUGAAUUAUUAUGCAUGAAACGUCAAGGUACACUUACUUCUCCCGCAGGUUCUAAUCAAAUCUAUGUACGUCAUGUCUCUCACUGCGACGGUUUAUUGUUAUGCGUCCUGAAAUACGACCCUAGGGUCUUGGUUUUUAACCCCUAUUGUGGGAAACCCCGGUGGAUCCUUGCCGCAGAUAAUUCCUUCAGAAACUUAUAUUCGUAUGCUCUCGGAUACAACAGCAUUACCAAAUCCUACAAAAUCUUGAGUGUUGUUAUGUUUAAUUAUGUCACACCCCCAUUAGCUGAGUUCAGAAUCUACGACUUGAACUCUUUUGAUUCGUCAUGGAGGGUUCUUAAUUUCACUCGAGACUGGAACAUAGUUUCUAACCGUGGUGUCUCUCUCAAGGGGAAUACAUAUUGGUUUGCUGGAAUCUAGAAACCCCUAGCCAAGGAGGAG